CCCACUGCGGGCGGGGUAGCUGAGGCCUCGCGCGCCCUCCUGACAGGCCGAGGGAAGACGCCGCCGCGGCCAGGACGAUGCUGCAGCCCCGACGCCGCUCAAGCUGAGCCCGCCGAUGGUGGGCCUAAUCAGAAUAAUGUUCAACAUCCAUCCUCUGGAGAACCUCAAGGUUUACAUCAGCAGUCGACCUCCGCUUGUGGUGUUUAUGAUCAGCGUCAGCGCAAUGGCAAUCGCCUUCCUGACCCUGGGUUAUUUCUUUAAGAUCAAGGAGAUCAAGUCACCUGAAAUGGCAGAGGAUUGGAAUACUUUCCUUCUGCGGUUUAACGACUUGGACUUCUGUAUUUCGGAGAAUGAAACUUUAAAGCACCUAAUUAAUGACACCACAACUCCGGAAAGUGCCAUGACCAGUAGCCAAGCCAGGCCUUCCACGCCAUCACCACAAACUCUUGAGGAUUCUGGUCCAGUCAACACCUCAGUUGUCAUCACUUUGACUCUGGACCCCCUCAAACCCUUUGGUGGCUUUUCCCGAAACGUCACACACUUGAGUUCCACCAUUUUUGGACACCAAAUUGGACUCUCAGGCAGAGAAGCUCACGAGGAAAUCAACAUCACGUUUACCCUACCUGCUGCCUGGAACUCAGAUGACUGUAUUCUCCACGCUCGCUGCGAGCAAGUCAGCUUCACAACCUGCAUGACGGUGACAGCAGCCAGCACUGUCUUUCCUGUCACAGUUCAGCCACCACAUUGCAUUCCGGAAACGUACAUUAAUGCCACUUUUUGGUACAAGAUCUUUACCACCGCACGGGACUCCAACACAAAAUAUGCCCAAGACUACAACCCUUUCUGGUGUUACAAAGGAGCUGUUGGAAAAGUCUAUCAUGCGUUAAAUCCUAAACUGACUGUUAUUGUUCCAGAUGAUGACCGUUCCCUAAUUAACCUGCAUUUAAUGCACACCAGUUACUUUCUCUUUGUGAUGGUCAUCACCAUGUUCUGCUACGCAGUCAUCAAAGGCAGACCAAGCAAACUCCGGCAAAGCAAUUCAGAGUUCUGCCCUGAAAAGGUCGCUUUUACAGAAGCGUGAUCCAUCAAUAUCUUCCUCCCAAAAGUGACUGAGUCUGCAAUCGUUG